AUACCCUUUUUUUUCUUUUUCUUUUCCUUUUUUUUUUAAUAACCUUUCCUUUCCUUUCUAUAUUAUCAUGUUUUCCAAAUCCAUUCUUACCAUUACCUUGGUAGUGUUGGCUCUUUUCCAACUUGUCCAUGGUAGCGUAUUUUCUCAAUUGCAAUUCAUUAAGAUCAAGUCUCCCAAGAACAAUGACGUUUUUGAAGCUGGUGAAAAAGUCCAUGUUGAAUAUAUCAUGCAACCUCUUAUCUACAAGUCCACUUCUAUGGGUAGAGCUUUGAGUUUGGGUAUUCACUUCCAUUCUCGUACUGGUAACCAAAAACAACAAAAAUUGGCCACUGUUUCCAACUCUUGUCCUGUCACUGCUUCUGAAAACAAAUUUGUUACUCAUAAGACUACUUGGACCAUUCCUAAGAACACUAAACCUGGUUCUUAUGCUUUUGAUUUUGAUGAAAAUGUUCAAGUACGCAGCGGUCGUCUUCAAGUCAAGGAAACCAUCAAGGUGUCUGUGGUUGAAAAAUAAAGUUGUAGAAUAUAACCCCCCUUUUAUCUUUUGUAUACUUUGUAUGUCUUUCUACUACAAACAAUAAAAAAAAACCUAUUUCUUACUCAUA